GUGAGCGUGUGGGAGGCUUGUUAUAUGCAGGUUGGAUGACUGGAUAAGUUUGUGGAUAAAGAAAAGUAUUCCAGAAUGAAGAGGCAAAGGAAAGAAAAUGAAGACAAAAAAGAUUUUGGUCUCUUGAUUGGUAAUAGAGAGGAAGGAGGAAGAGCAAAGGCAAAAAAAAGUGUCCGCGGAGCAAAUGACGACCAGGCCAAUAUUUUGUUACUCCUUUUCCUGUAUGUGUUGCAAGGAAUCCCCCUGGGAUUAGCGGGUAGCAUACCCAUGAUUCUGCAGAAUAGGGCUGUCUCAUAUAAGGAUCAGGCAACCUUCAGCUUAUCUUUCUGGCCCUUCAGCAUUAAGCUGUUAUGGGCGCCCUUGGUAGAUUCAGUUUAUUUCCAAAAAAUGGGUCGAAGGAAAUCCUGGCUGGUGCCUGCGCAAUAUCUGAUAGAUUGGAUGCUGGCUUAUAACAUUAUGGAUAUGCAUUUGUCAACUGCUAAGGGAAAGAUGAGAGCACUUCAACAUAUUGCACAUGGGUGUCAGCACACUUGGCUGUCAAGCGUUUGGCCAGAGCCUUGGUGUCAGAGUUGCUUGACACCACUUGAGCUGAAUGGGCCAGCAGUUGGCCAACUCAGUGGUUUAAAUGGCUCAGGUGUAAUUGGCUGUGAAUACCAGAUGUUCAGGUUAGCACUUGAGGCUGAAGUUUAG